CAUCUACAGUAACAAUAUAAUAACUUUAUUCUUCCUUGCGUAAAGAUAACCUCUUUGAUGAAAAUAUUGUAAUAUUAUUUGAAACAAUGGAUAUAUUAUUAUUAAUACUUUGUGUAAUAAUUAUUACACUUUUAAUAACCGCACUAACAAUAUAUCUUAGUCGAAAUAGAGCUAUAGACAAAGAAAGACCUAAUGUUCAGGAUCAUGCUGUUGAACGUCGACAAGUUAGACGAAUAGUCGGUAAUAGAAAUGUUCGUCAUCGUUUACAUGCCGGAACAAAUGAUCAUAUAAAUGCAAAUGAUAAUGGACAAUUAGAGAAUAACGAAGUUGAAAUAGAUACACCUAUUGAAGUAUCUGAUGGUAAAAUUGGUGCUAAGAAACGUGCAAAAUUAGCAGCCAAAGCUGAAAAGAAAGUGCAAAGGGAAAUGGAUAAGGUUGAACAGGAUAAACGUAAAAAGGAAGAAGAAAAGCGACAGAAAGAGAGGGAUAAACAACGUGAAGAGGAACAUGAUGAAGAAAUGCGUAAAGAGGAGGAAGCUAGAAAACUUAGAGAAUUAAAGGAAAAACAGGAACACGAGGAAUAUUUAAAAAUGAAAGAGAUGUUUAGCGUAGAUGAGGAAGGUUUUCAAGAGGAUCAAAAUGUUUUAUUAGACGACAUUAUGGAAUAUAUAAAAUUAAAGAAAGUAAUAUAUUUGGACGAUGUGGCUGCACAUUUUUCACAAAAGACAACAUUCGUCGUCGAUAAGAUUUUGGAGUGGCAAAAAACAGGCGAUUUAACCGGAGUAAUAGACGAUCAAGGAAAAUUCAUUUAUAUUACAGAAAGUGAAUUAGAUGCAGUUGUAAAAUUUAUUAAACGACGUGGUAGAGUUAGUAUCACAGAACUUUCUGAACAUUCGAGUACAUUAAUAAAUAUAGGUUCGAAUUAAACUAUAUCCAUAAUGACAUAUUUACAAAUUAAAAAAAAAAAUAUAUUAAUCUUUUAGAAAUUUAAUGAUUAGAUGAUUGAAAAAAAAAAAAGAAAAAAAAGGAAAGAAAAGAUUUUUGCAAUUUAAUGGAAUCAUCAAUAAAAGUCGAAAGAACGAAAUCGAUAUGGAGGAAUGUUAUGCAAAAAAAAAAAAAAAAAAAAAAAAAAAAAAAAAAAAAAAAAAAAUAAAAUUAUAAUUAUUUUAAUUAUUA